AUGUGCACUCGUAUUAUUUGCAUCACCACUUAUCCGAAACUUAUCACCUUCGCAAACGUCCCCAACCACUCUCUCACUUCACUCUCUCCUUUGGACACAUUCUCCUUUAUUAGGGGUGCAUCACUGUCAGGUGUCUGCCAAGGGCUAAUCAAAGACUUGGAUAUCACAGGUCUUGGUAGUGAUGCGAAAGGUUCAUCCUGGGUGACCUUGUUCACUUUCGUUGCUCUCCUGGUAUCAGCAAUAGCACAAGCAGCGAACCACUCCAUCUCCCUCUACAAUACUAUCAUUGUUUUAUAUUUUUGCUACCUUCAACUCAUUUGCAAGCUCAUGCUAGUCAUUGGAUCCAUGCAGAAGAGAAGUAUGGGGGCCCCAGUGUCCGAGGUUGGCCUCCCUGCAAAGGUGGUCUUUCGUUACCACAUUGGUCUUGGCAUGGCUUCAGGCUUUAUGUUUGGUCUUCAGAAGGGAGCUUUCAGCGACUGGUUUGGGGCGGUAUCCCUUGUUUUCUUCGGUAUCAGUGCUAUGGUGAUUCUAAGUGUCCCAGUGAUUACACUCGCAGGAGUUGGUUUUCUCUUGGUAUUCUUGAUCAAAGCCUUCCAUCCGCUCAUUGGCUCAUACUGCCUUUCAGCUGGCCCACGCACUUCCUUCAUAAAAAUCCUCUUUGUAAAUAUCUACAUCAUGUUCUGUUUUGUCGUCCAAUGGAUUUACGUGGUCAUGACUAUUGAGCAAACUAUUCAGCGGAAUCCAGUCAUCCAUAAUGGCCCACAGUUUCCGAUUACAUUUGGCCAGAACUCCGAAUGGUCAUCUCAGACCUGCGUUCACCUUCAAUGUUUGCCUCCUCUCCGUCCUGCAAUGUCUGUCGAGAAGUUGAGACUAAUGUGCCUUCUCUGGCCAGAUGACAAGCCUGAUGAACACAUUGUUGAGGUCGAACUAGAUAACAACUGGACUGUCGCCUUUCUCAAGGACAUGAUCAAAGACAACCAUGCCCAUGGUCUUGCUGACGUCGAUUCCUGCAAUCUCGUCCUCUGGAAGUGCUCCUGUAUUCCUGAUGAUGAUAAUCUAGAACAAACCUUGAAAACUCUUCAGUUCGAUGGUUCUGAUGAGCGCCUUGUUCGCCUCACCUCCACCCACCAACAAAUUUCUCAAUAUUUCAGGGAUCAAGACUUAUCCAAGGAACCCAUCCACAUCCUUGUUGAGUUACCUGCAUUUGAGUCUCCACCUCCGAGUCACAAAGAACUUUGUAUUACAUCGCCGUCUCCUGACCUGCCAUGUUCUGCAAUGCUUCUUGGUCAGUACAUCCGUGUUCAAGAACCCAAUGUGCGUGUUAUUUGGACUGGUGGAUGGAAGCUUGAUGAUGUGGCAGAGUGCAGGGGAUGGUAUUCUUACCUCAACAAGCGAAAUGGGUGGAUACCAGGUGAGGGCACUGUGUUUAUUUUUGAUGAAGCACAAGAGUCGUACAAGGACAUGGAACUCUGGAACGAGUUGUUCAAAGGCAUACAUGACUACCCUGAUCAUCGCGCCAUUGCCUUCAUGAGUUAUGGCAGUCCAGCUUCAUUCAUCGACAUACAAGGCACUCGAUUUUACAUCGCAUCUACAGCGAGGGUCAGUUUACUUCCCACUGCCCACGAGGACAAUCUCCCAGCUGUGGGUCUCCUUUUCACCCCUGUGGAGUUUGACGAGCUUGUUUCAAAGAACUAUCCAGACUCAGACUAUCACUUCCAUCCUUCUUUCCUCAACAUGGUCUUUGAGAUUACCGAGGGACACGUGGGGGCAAUGUAUUCCUUCCUGAACAUUAUUCUUGGAUCUAACUCAUACCAUGAACUCAAACACUCUGGACAAUGUUACACUUGGGAGCUAUUUCAGAAAACGGUCAGUCCAACCUGGUUCUUGCAACAGUUUGAAAGUGCAGCCUCCAGCGUAUUCAGGAGGGGACUGCCUCCAGAUGACGAUCUCAGGGUGCCAGCUGUCGCUUGUGUCCUUUCCUUGGUUCUUUGUACAGGUUCUGUGCAGGAUGCCAACUUCACUACUGAAGACAACAGCAGUGCACUUCAGCUAUGUUUUAGCAAAGGUUGGCUUCACACCGACAACAUUGACAACAAAACCAAGUACUUUUUCCUGUCGUCACUUCAUCGCUGGUAUAUAGAAUGGAAGCUGUGUGGCAUCUUGGAUACAACCUUCCACACAGACAAUGAUAUUCUAGACUUUGUGAUCAAUGUGAUUUCUGUAUUCUCAUCACAAAUGCUUUCGACAACACAGAGAGUUAGCGCCGCUGGUCAUGUUCAACGUCUACCUGGAGCUCAAUACCAGGAUGAAUUUUACCAUUGCUGUCACACUCAUUCCAAUGGCUUGCUUGUCACCUUCCCCAUAUUUGGUACAGCCAAAGAGCGGGUCAAAUUUUACAUUCCUGCUAAACAAUGGGGGGUGGAACUUCUGCGAGAUGAUGACCAGAUUGCACAACAUUCUGGGCAGUUUUCAUUCCAAACUGGGUCCUAUGGAACCUCUCUUUCUCUGACAGACCACAUUAUCCUCGAUUACCAUACAACCCAACCCAAAUCAAGUGAAGAUUCUAGACAAUGA